GACUGUCAAAAGAGAAUUCUCCAAACACCCGUGGUGGUUGCAUCAUAACUUCCAGAAAACGUGCGUGCUGGUUCUUCGUGUUCCGUGUUUCAGCGCUCGUUUGCAAAAAUGUUGAAGGCAGCCAAAUAUCUGUCCCGCACGCUGGUGGAAAACCGCGGAUUGCUGCAGAAUGGAGGAGCUCUGUCCAACAAUGUGCUGGCCCGGUUCAAGUCGGAGCAGGUUAAGGGCGCCGUCAUCGGUAUCGAUCUGGGAACGACCAACUCUUGCGUCGCCGUGAUGGAGGGCAAAAAUCCCAAAGUGAUCGAAAAUGCUGAGGGUGCCCGUACCACCCCCUCGCACGUGGCUUUCACGAAGGACGGCGAACGGUUGGUCGGUAUGCCGGCGAAGCGCCAGGCAGUGACCAACUCGGCCAACACGUUCUACGCCACCAAGCGGUUGAUCGGUCGCCGCUUUGAUGAUGCCGAAAUCAAGAAAGAUCUAGCGAACCUCUCGUACAAGGUGGUGAAAGCUUCAAACGGUGAUGCCUGGGUGCAGGGUAGCGACGGGAAGGUGUACUCCCCCAGCCAGAUCGGUGCGUUCGUGCUGAUGAAGAUGAAGGAAACGGCCGAAGCGUACCUGAACACACCGAUUAAGAACGCCGUCAUUACGGUACCGGCCUACUUCAACGAUUCCCAGCGACAGGCCACGAAGGACGCCGGUCAGAUUGCCGGUUUGAACGUGCUGCGUGUGAUUAACGAACCGACGGCGGCCGCACUGGCCUACGGUAUGGAUAAGAGUGAAGACAAAAUCAUCGCCGUCUACGAUCUGGGCGGUGGUACGUUCGAUGUGUCGAUCCUGGAAAUCCAGAAGGGUGUGUUCGAGGUUAAGUCGACCAACGGUGACACCCUGCUCGGAGGGGAGGACUUUGAUAACCACAUCCUGGACUAUCUGGCACAAGAGUUCAAGAAGGAGCAGGGCAUCGACAUCAAGAAGGAUGCGAUGGCUAUGCAGCGGUUGAAGGAAGCGGCCGAGAAGGCCAAGUGCGAACUGUCCUCGUCGGUGCAGACGGACAUCAAUCUGCCCUACCUCACGAUGGACGCUUCCGGACCGAAGCAUCUGAAUCUGAAGCUAACGCGCGCCAAACUGGAAACGCUGGUCGGUGAUCUGAUCAAGCGUACGAUCGCCCCCUGCCAGAAAGCGAUGUCCGAUGCGGAGGUGAAGAAGUCGGACAUCGGGGAGGUGCUGCUGGUCGGUGGUAUGUCACGUAUGCCGAAGGUACAAUCGUUGGUACAGGAAGUGUUCGGUCGUCAACCGUCUCGGGCGGUGAAUCCCGAUGAAGCGGUUGCAGUAGGCGCUGCCGUACAGGGAGGUGUGCUGGCCGGUGAUGUUACCGAUGUGCUGCUGCUUGACGUUACGCCCCUGUCGCUCGGUAUCGAAACACUUGGCGGUGUGUUUACGCGUCUCAUCAACCGCAACACCACCAUUCCGACGAAGAAAUCUCAAGUCUUCUCGACGGCCGCCGAUGGUCAGACGCAGGUGGAGAUCAAGGUGCACCAGGGUGAACGUGAGAUGGCGAACGAUAACAAAAUGCUCGGCUCGUUCACACUCGUCGGUAUUCCGCCGGCACCGCGCGGUGUUCCACAGAUUGAGGUCGUGUUCGAUAUCGACGCCAACGGUAUCGUGCACGUGUCGGCGCGUGACAAGGGAACGGGCAAGGAACAGCAAAUUGUCAUCCAAUCGUCUGGUGGACUGAGCAAGGAUGAGAUUGAAAAUAUGGUCAAGAAUGCCGAACAGUACGCACAGGCCGACAAGCUGAAGAGGGAUCGCAUCGAAGCGAUCAACCAGGCAGAGGGCAUCGUGCACGAUACCGAGAGCAAGAUGGAGGAGUUCAAAGAUCAGCUACCAAAGGAAGAGUGCGACAAGCUGCGAGAAGAGAUCACGAAGGUGCGAGAAGUUCUUGCCAACAAGGAGGAAGCCGAUCCAGAGGAAGUCCGCAAAACGACCAGUGCCCUGCAACAGUCAUCCUUGAAGCUGUUCGAGAUGGCGUACAAAAAGAUGGCUUCCGAGCGGGAGGGCAGCAGCGGUAGCAGCAGUAACACCGGUAGCAGUAGCGGAUCGGAAGAGGGCGAGAAGAAGGAGAACAAAAACUAAAUCACCAUACCACCACUCAAAAGAGUACUCACAGUGGCAGCAGCAUCAUAAGAAGCGACCCAGCAACAACCCAGUGUUAGGAAGUAGUAAACCUGAAACCCACAACUCUCCAUUCGCAUUAAGUGAACCGAUGAUCCGCGGUUCGGAUCCGGGGACGUGUGAACCACAGAGCCCGAGUGAAGUGACGACGGAGCUAAAUAUACGUUAAACUAUCGAAUCACCUGAUUGUGUGCUGCCCCUUUGGCUUACGUUUUCCUCACAUUGCUUCCGGUAGUUUUUUGUUGUGUGUUUUCGCUGCGUGACUCGCUCUAAUCCUGCGACCGACCUGGGUUCACGUUCUUCUCUUCUCUCCAAGGGCAUCUUUUGGGAGGAUUGAAGCUUCUGUUUGCUGUAGACUUUUCGUAGUAGGCAGUGGAAACGAGGGUGCGCAUUUUGUAGAAAUUGGAGUAAGAGAGGCAAGAGUUUAGUAGGCAUUGGAGUUGGUGGAGCGCAGGAUAUUGCUUGAGUUGAGGUCCCCGGGGGGGUUAGUUCUGGCUUUCAAUGCGGAAGAGUUGUACUAAGUUUUCGAUGGCCAUGGACGCACCCCGAGAGGCCCUGAGCGAAUGGGGAAUGUUCCGAGGUGCUCUAUGGAUUAACUUUAGGCAGUAACAGGUGUAUUGCGUGUUAAGGUAGUUGAACUUUGUUCCCUUUGUAGAUGCAAUAAAAUAGAUUUAAAUGGUCCAA